CAUACGCGUAAAUACAAUGCGUCCGAGCCGCUCCGUCGCGAAGGUGCGCUGAAACCAGCGGUGGCGAUCCCAAACCAAGGUGAAUCUAGCUUGCCCGUGAGGCGCGAGCAGAUAGGAAAGGAGGGAGAGAGCAUGGAAAAGCACGAGCACGAGGGGCACGAGGAGCACGAGGAGGCAGAGCCGCGAGGCGUGAGAGGUGGAGGUCAGGACGGCUCAGCCGCCGCGCCCUCGGCCGCCGCGGCCGGCUGCUCAGCUGGUGGCCCCCGCGGGCUCCGCGGGCUCCGCGGGCGCCGCCGCGCCCUCCGGCG